AUUGCCUGCGCAGGUCAGGUGCAGGAUUUUUUUUCCCUGUUCUUCAAAAAAGUGGAAAAAUAGGGAGUAAGGGAAGGGGAGGAAAAAAAAUCUGGAGCAACCAGAAUGCUUCGGAGUGUCAGAGCUUCAGUUCCGGAGUAAAGAGGCGAUGAGCAGGUCAUUAAACAGUAUCUUGUGAUCUUGCUUAUUCCAUUUUGACGCGAUCGAUGAGGAACUAAGGAGGAGGCAGAAAAGCACACAUACACACACAAACAAAAACUGGUGGUGAUCGCGUUUCUGUCGCGGUUCGUCUCCUUUCGUUUUCGCUGCCUUGGCUGGUACGGACGCGUUUUAUUUAUUUCUUUCCGACACCCCUCCUCCCCGGCCACUCUUUAUGUGCAUUUCUAGUUGGGAGACUGGGACGUCUCCGCUGUUUCAACAUCGCUGCGUUGGGCUGGUGACUGAGUAAGGCAGGGCAAGGCUCGGCUGGGAUCGACAUCCCACGCCACAACCAACACUUCCUUCCUUUUUGCCACUUGUUAUUCCCUCUGCACCCCUUCCUCGAGAGAGAGAGAGAGAGAGAGAGAGAGAGAAAACCUCCCCCAUCCCCCCCCCACCCCAACACACACGCACUUUGCCAGCCAAUCCAGACAUGCUCCAGAAUGACACAAAAAGGCAAUCAGUUUGCUGUCCCUACCUGGAGCAAAACCUGGAGUCCUUGAAAAGUCCUGAGGUCAACAAUGGGGAUGGGUCCUCCUCCCAGCUCGACUGUCUAGCUGCCCCGGCCAGCUUGGUUCUGCAAGAUCAAGGAGGAAGCACUUCGACAGUUAACACUCUAGGAUGGUCCACUAGCCAGACCGGCGAGGAAAACCUACUCCAGCAAGGAGUCCUGCCAACUGCCAUGUUGUUGCCGAAGAUGGUGCACCUGGGACCUCUCUUUGGAGGGACUUUCCCCUCAGUCCAGCAGAUGGGGCUGGCCCAGCAGCACAGGAGAUCGCCUCUUGGCCACCAUCCCCACCAAGGCACAACCUCCUCUUCCUCCUCUAAUGCCUCCCAAAGGAACAGCUACAGCCCGCAGCAGCAAACCUUCAGGGCUCUGAGCUGGGGCAGCCAUCAACAGCAGAGUGGAGGAGGAAGCGGAGGCUGGGGCAGUGUCAGCAAUAACUGUGGGAGGGGACUGAGAAGAUCAACUGGAGUAAUGGGCAUCUCGCACUCCAUUCCUUCCUGCUCCUCCAAGAGGUCCUAUUCCAGCCACAUGAUGGUGCCUCCAAAACUAAACAGGGGCCGCCCGGCAUCGGCUUUGAAAUCCUGGAUGGAAGAGAACCCGUUGAGGACAGAUGGCAACAGCAACUGGCUGCCUCACCAUCAGGAAUGGACACACCCAUAUGAUACUUUCAACAUGCACUCACUGGAGAACUCCCUGAUUGACAUCUUACAGAACGAACAAGAACCACUCAAGGGUCGAUCAGCUUUGUUCCCUGUUGAAGAUGGUUUCCUUGACAAUAGCCAGGGUGACCAAUCUUUAUCUUCAGGCUUGAACUCCCCAGCUCUCAGCCAGAACGGGAAAUCAGGAGAACGAUAUUCCCGAAAGGUUUUCGUUGGUGGUUUGCCACCAGACAUUGAUGAAGAUGAGAUAAUCGCUACUUUCUGCUGUUUUGGACAGCUCAUGGUAGACUGGCCUCACAAGUCGGGAAGUAAAUCCUAUUUUCCACCCAAAGGUUAUGCCUUCUUGUUGUUUCAGGAGGAGUGUUCUGUCCAGGUUCUGAUUGAUGCCUGCUUUCAGGAUGACGGUAAACUCUAUUUGUGCGUCUCUAGCCGCACAGUCAAGGACAAGCCGGUGCAGAUCAGACCUUGGAGUCUGAGUGACAGUGACUUUGUGCUGGAUGGCUCACAGCCGCUAGAUCCCAGGAAGACCGUCUUUGUGGGAGGGGUACCAAGACCCCUGAAAGCUGUGGAGCUGGCCAUGAUCAUGGACCAGCUGUACGGAGGAGUCUGCUAUGCUGGCAUUGACACUGAUCCUGAGCUGAAAUACCCAAAAGGAGCGGGCAGGGUGGCAUUUGCCAAUCAACAGAGCUACAUUGCGGCAAUCAGUGCUCGCUUCCUCCAGCUACAACAUCGGGACAUCGACAAACGGGUGGAGGUGAAGCCGUACGUCUUGGUGGACCAGCUGUGUGACGAAUGCCAGGGCGCCCACUGCAACGGCAAAUUCGCCCCUUUCUUCUGCGCCAACAUCACGUGCCUGCAGUACUACUGUGAUUACUGCUGGACGAGCAUCCAUUCCCAGGCUGGUCGCGAAUACCACAAGCCGCUGGUGAAGGAGGGCGGGGAGAGGCUGCGACAGCUACCGUUUCGCUGGAGCUGAGCAUGGCCCGUCUCUCUCUAUCUCUCUCUCUCUCUCUCUCUCUCUCUCUCUCUGUCUCUUCCCCCCCCCACCCUUUUUGGGAAAGAAGGGCACCAAUAUGUGGGACCCACGAAUCAAUAUUUAGUGGCUAUUUGUUAACCUGCCGUUCCUUUAUCUAGAAGUGUUUGUGCACAGAAUUUCCAACCCAGUAUAUCUUUUGUUUUUUAAAAAAAGAAAAAAAAACAAAUCUGGCUUUGCCUGUUCACCCAUCUUGUUCGUGCACAUGUAUAAAAUGAAGGUGUAAUAGUGUUUUUUUUGUAGUUCUCCACCGAUGAAAUUUUUUUCUUCUUUUUAUUUUGGUCAGGGGUGAGGGAUUUAAUUAAAUGCACCGAGCAGAGUGUUUCUGGGUACUGGGUGGGAUUAAUGAGUGUUCUGGGGUGAUGGGGGUGGGGGGGAAUGUGUGGGCAUGAAUUGUGCUGUUGAGUGAAGGGUCCGCUAGUACCAGAGUGCAUGCAUUGAUCAAAAGUGGUAUGGAAAUGUAGUGUGCUGUGACACUGCAGCGCUCAGGUGAUUGUUGACAGCCGGGGUGGCUGAGCUGGCGAAGAUGAAACUAAGUCUUUCUGAGUGACAUCUCCUGACAGCCCAUGGUUGUACAAGCGCGCACAUCUGUCUGUCACUGAUCCACUCUCUCACAUCUACCUCCCCUGGCUUCUGCUGAGUCAACGAGUCUCGUUUUGGUCGCUCUGAUGUAGUAAUUCGGGAGCAGUGUCACGUCUCGAGGUUUCUGGCUGUCGCUGGAGUCUGCUGCUGUGCGCAGGGUCCGGGUUUCGGGUGGGGGAAAUAGGCUUGCUUGCAACAUCUUUCCCAGAUACUGACAUCUGUCUCGGUCAGGCUCCUUGGCCAGUUUUACGGGGUGUGCUGUGAAAGUUGUCAGAAUAUGUUCAAGAUUCAGGACAUGAAGGGUGAGGAUGGAUAAACUGGAGUCUCCGUGACUUGUGUUUGCAUCUUCUGGUUUAAUGGUUGAAAUCUGUGUACUUCUGCUUAUUGUACAAGGCUCAGUUGCCUGAUCUUAAAAAACAAUCCAGAAUUUGAAUGUAUUCAACAGUGACUAAGAUGUUUCCACUACUUGAGCAGUUUGUCAGGUGAGCUAGUUAGCCAUCUUGAGUCAUUUUCCCAAAGAUACUUCUAUCCAGGAUAGGAGAGUAGCAUUUGUGAGAAAAAUAGAUCAAAUCUUAAUUUGAAGGGAGCUGGAUGCUGUGUUAUGUUCAUUCAUAUCAUGUGUCUUCCAGUUUUAUUUGGCUACAAGGCCUCUGCACAAACUGAGCUGAGACAAUCUCAGUUCACUUCCAAGGAUACCAGGCCCCCAGACCACAAAUCUGCUGUUGUGGCACACAGUUGGCAUGGGACUGGACCCCUUCUGGGGCAGAAGAGGGGCAUUUCACUCUGUAGUUUUUCCACCUGGUCGGGCUUGCUGUUGAUGCUCAGUGCCUGAAAUAGGACGUGUUUGUUCCUCAUCAGUUAGCAUCCAUCCCUUUGCUGAGGGCGGAAUCCAGAGAGUUUUCUUGUAUGGUCAAUGAUGAAUAAAGCUACUCUGGGGGAAAAAAACUAAAACACAAGAUUCUGUGUCAGUUACAGAUUAGGUCUUUGGAAUGCAUACCUUCAUCCAUCUUUCUGCUCAACUGCUUUGGAAGAGUUGACGCUAUCGUGCAGUCACUUGGCUGGUCUUUGCCUGUAAUGUCGCCUUGGGACAAGCAUUGUGCUGCCACUGACCUCUUGAUCACAUCUUUUCUGUGGUUUUCGGUUUGAUGCAGUGAGGUUGGCAAUCGGAGUAACAUCCACCUUUUUCAAACUGCAGCCCUGUACUUUUACCAGAAUUAUCUUCACUUUGACUGUUUGGUCCCUGAGCACUCUGUGUUAGGAUUAGGGUUAGGGUUCUCCUAUUUCAGCCUAAUUAAUGUCAUAGCAUGACAAUCCCACAGGAUAAGAGAGCAGCAACAAAAGACACAAGAGGCUCUGGGUCAUAUCUGUUGUGAAAGCGUGAAGCGAACAGCCUUGUGGAACUGUGCCUGUGAUGCAGGAUGAGAGAAGGGGACUGCCAUGGAAGCUGGUGCGUGCAAUCCAGGUGACACACUUUGUGCGAAUGCCCAUUGUUAGUUCUGUCGGACAAAAUGUUUAUUUUUCCUAGCUCACUCUCGGUUUGGCAGCUAAAAUGGGUGUCUGCUUCCCAGUUCAUCACUUCUUUAUUGUGCACAGUUUGAGUUUCAUGGCUAAAUGUUUAAUGCUUUUUCUUUUCUGCUGCCCACCUUGUUGGCACAGUUCCUUCCACAGUGUUGAAUAUUACUUGAAGAAUUCCCUACAAGUCUCUGGGCUGGUCUUCAGUGGCUCAUAACGAACCUUCCUCCCAACUCUCCCAAGCACCAGAGGUACUUUUUGUUCUGCCUUUCACUGGCUUAUUGGUCAAUCCAAUCUCAGACAGUGUACCUUGCCACCGCAUCAUCUGAUGAGCCUUGGUUCUGUCCUCAUACUGAGGCUUCGCUUUAUACUUGGGUGGAGUGUGGAUAUAGAGAGGGCUACUCCCUUAACCACAUCCUCUGGUCGGUGUUGUGUCCAAUGCAGUGUUUCUGUAGGGAGAUGGUGAAGCCCACUUCAGCCCCUUCUGAAUCCCCUCUCCCAGCUCUAGCCAUCUGCAAGAAUUGUGCUAUUCGGUGGUUUGGUUUUGACUCAACCAAGUACACCCUAUCUCUCACACAGCCCCACUCACCUUGCUCAUUCCCCAACUCAAGGCCUGCAUCCUGCAGCCAGGACAACUGAACCUUCCUUCGCUUGGACUUAUUUGAGCAGCCUUUGUUAUGUUUCACAGUGCGUUAUCGUUGUUGAGUCGAUCAUGGAAGGCCUGGCUUCCCUGUAUCGAUCCGAGAUUUGUAUCCAAAGCACUCCAGGCAUAUAGGGAUGGCAAGAGACAAGUCAGGGGUCCUCCUUGUGCUCACCACCCUUGUUGUCUGACUUCAGGGAAGGUUAGCCACAGCACAACUGUGUGGUCGAGUAGCAUGUUGUGGAUUGUAAUUUGCUGGUUCAUUUGGAGGAUCACUCUCGUGGACAAAUUGUUGGAGCAAAAAGAACAUGAGCCCAGGAAUUGGCUGCACGUUUUAGGAAAUGAAUGUUAUGUUGAUUCUAUAUAGCACAAACAGCAUUUUACCAGUUUCUGAUCCCAUCAACACACCACAUGCCAACACUGAGCACUAACGCAGUGAAACCACCUUACUUUUGUUCAUUGGAGUUUUGUUCGUCACUUAUCAAUUAGUCUAUCUAAGUACUGCCAAUGUAGAGAGUGUGUUGGGAGCUGUUACUUGGUUAUUGGAUCCAUUCUACUGUCUACCUUUCUCUGUCACAUGAGCCCUUGAAGAUCCGCCACCAGUGCAUGUGUUCCACAGUCAGCCCCUGCUCAAUGCACACAGUGCAUGUACUGUUUGUAUCCUUUCUGCACUGGCAACUGUGAGUGCAUAAUCUCUCUCCCCGACACACACACACGCACACACAGAGACACAAGUUUUUGAUUGAAUGUCCUGACAGAAAUAGAAACAGAGAUGCCAAGCAUCAGUCAUCGAGGCUGAGAGUUUAUUUGUUUAUCGAUUUUCCUUUAGUUUCAUCAGAUUAGAAGGGUGUUUUCUCAUGUUAAAAAAAGAUUUGUGAGACACUUUCAGGUAAGGUGAUUCCUAGAAAUAUGGGAUGUAUAUCCACCUGAUUGUCUGAGACAAAUGGUUGCCCAAAUUAGAUUCAGUUAGAGAGAUUUUUCUGGAUGGGCAGCGAGAGAUUGCUUGCGUCUGUUUUUCUUCUUCCCCCUUGGUCUGUUGAGAUGGAGGAACUUCAUCAUGAAGCAACAGAUUAGACCAAGCAGUGCAAACCAUUAAAGAUGAGAGGUGGGCGUAUUAGUACAUUUUUAUUGAGCUUUUCUAGUCUUGGACGAGGCAGCUGCAGAUCGAGCUGUUGUCUGGAGUACUGUUGUGGCGGUACGUGUUUGGGGGGCGGGGGGGAAUGAGCAGAACAUCAGACUGAGCGAGGUGCGGUCUAUCCAGUGUAUCGAAGGGGCUGAGUAAUGGUCACAGAAGACAGUUGCCAAGGUUGGGUUGCCGUGUUGAGUCUGCAGAGGUGGUGGACACAUGGUAACGUGUCGAGUGGCCUCUAUGAGGCAUUUACACGUGUUCUGUGAUCACAGUUGGCAUCCCACAGUCGUUGGGAAUUAGAUUGAAGGAGGGGGUAAGUGUUGGUGGUUCUGAGGUGGUGAGGCAAAAGUAUCAAAUUGUGGUGAGGUUGGGGGGGAAGCUGAAGGAUAAGGAUUGAUAAGUAAUUGGAAGAUUUUGGGGGAGGAGAUGUAGAACGGAACAGGGAAAGUGUAAUAUUUCUUGUACGACAGCUGGUGUAUUUGCUCUUGCAUUAAUCUAAUAAUUCAAACCCCUACCACCACCCUAACUGAACUACCAGUGUUUGGUAUAAUUGACACUUGAACUAGAUUUUAGCAGUUUUGUAAAGAAAAUAUAUAAAUCAAAAAAAUGAGAUGCUGCUUUUUCUACUUAAGAGUCACAUGAUUUUUGUAUUUUUGUAUCGCAACUUUAAUGUCCAGUGAUGUUUUCUAUUACUAAUGCUUGUAUGUAAUGUUAAACAUGGACAUGUGACUCUGUAGAUAUCUAGUAGAUACCUCAGUUUUUUUUUCAAUUUUAAAAUCUUAUUUUUUUUCUCUAAAAUAAGUAUAUUUCGGUUCUGCAAAGACUGACAGAUAAUUUAUCUUUUAGUUUAGUUGGGAGAUAACAUAUAUAAAUAUAUAUAAAUAUAUAUAUAAAACAGUAUGCACACUGUAAAAUUAAAAAUGUAUGAGGUCUGAGGUAUAUUGUUUGACAAUGAGAAUUUGCCAAAU